CGCCAUAGCCCCGAAGUCAAAGGAUUGUAGUAUAGCCGACGAAAUAUCAUAUCAGAGCUAGCAUUUACAUUUACAUUUUAAAAAAUCAAACGGUAUGUAUUAAUUUCCUUUUUUCUAGUGGUAAUCCUAAACGUUUCCAGAGCAACGAGGUUACCCGGAUGGGGGAUGGGGACGGGCACAAGCCAGGUUCUGCCCCUCGGAGGGAUUUGGCCGGACCCGUAGAAGAUAUCGAGACAGAAGGACAGAAGCGACUUCAAGAACUUCUACAGAAACAACUUCGCACCAGCCUCACCAGACAACAGAUUUCUCAGGGUCGGACAUUUGUUGGUGGUACCCCUUUCAAAGCAUCCACUGACGACCUUUCAGGCGUGACGUCAUUAUCCGAGUUCAAGAUACUCGGAGAGAAGGACGCUUACAUCCAGGAGCUGAAACAGUGUGGUUUGACAGAGGAGGAAAUAACACUCAAGUUGCACACAGACAAUCUUGCCGACAAACAAUAUGACAGGAAGAGAAGAUAUGGCGCAAAUACAUCAUUCUACAAAGAUAAGCUUGAGAUGAUAGAGGAUAAAAUCAGACGGAGGAACGAUAACCUGUCCAAACCUGACACGUUUUCUGACCAGAAGGUUCUCAGUCGCCACGAGAUGGAUCUCGAGAGAGCACUUGUGAAGGAUGACACAGCCUCGCGUACCCUUUCAACGGCUCUCACCACACAAGCUAAACACAAGACACAUCUUCAUCCAGAUGAUCCUAUGAACCACCUCCCUGAGAUAUUAGCCUCUGUCACGGAAGGGGGAUGUAAAAAGGGUGAUAGACAAAAAUGGUUGGAUUCAGAGAUGCAAGAAGAGCUUAAUAUUUGUGAUUUUCCAAAAGAAAAACAAUUUUAUAAAGAACGAGAACGUUUUUCUAAUUCAGAUCAUGAACAUAAUUGUGAAGUUGUUCCAAAGAAGCCAGAUGCCUUUGUCACAGAAAAGGACGCAGGAGCAAAUAUAAUAUCAAAUGAGAUACAACGAGAUUCAAAAUUGUCAUGUGACAGUACAGAUACAAUAGCCACGAUGGCGACUCCCACAUUUGUCUGUGAAAGCGAGGAAGCUGACGCGGUCUCUAAGGAAAGACAUGGACACGUAGAAUGGGUAGCUGAGGAAGACAUCGUGAAGAACCGACUGACAACUGAGGAAAUCCAACAAAUUCCAAGAUUUGAGAACUAUUCACCCGGCCCUAUGAGCAAGGUGCUGUAUAUCAAAAACCUAUCUAAUAAAGUAACCGAAGAGGAUCUGGUGGCCCUCUUUAUAAGGUUCCAGAGCAGUGAUGAGGACAAACUUCACUUCCGGUUGUGUACAGGGCGGAUGAAAGGACAGGCUUUCGUUACGUUUCCCAGUACCGAGAAAGCCGUAUCUGCAAUGCAGCUCAUUCACGGACUGAACUACAAAGGCAAACCUAUCAUCAUUCAAUUUGGACGAGGUUCGAAUUGAAUUCUCCUGAUUUGAUUUCUUGUUGGUGCUCUUAUUGGUUAACAUGUUUUCUCAUUGUAUCUUAUUUUUU